AGUUAGUUGUAGGUCUUAAAUCAUCUUAAACAGGUCUUAAUUUUCCUUUGUCCAAGUAUAUACCCAGUCACCAAUAAUCCAUCUUAAAACUAAACAUGUGUUUUUAUUGCGCAGAGAUACAAAUCACAGCUGUUAGACAUGUUUACAGCUAAUUCUCUUAAUUAAAUUAAGCAGAGAACGAAAACUAAAGCAUCACAUCCCUUUACAUGAUCUUCUGUAAUACAAAAACUGUUUGAAGUAACUGGGCCAUUACAAAAAAAAUCCUUAGUGUUUAGCCCUGUUUAAGUCUAAAAUUUCGUUCAUAAUGUUCAUAAAAGGGUCUCAAAAAGUCUUAAAUUUGACAAAGAAAACCCUGGAAUAAUAAUCCACCUCACAUUGGACAAGCUACAACUUUAAAUGUUUUUAAAACCUUCUGAAAUCCCAUCAUCUUUCUUUAGCUUUUGAGGUUUCUGAAUGUUAUGGGCUUUGUUUUUAGUGCUCUAGUUGUUUAUGCAAUGUGUGACUUGUCAUUUUAACUAAUGUCGAUUGUGUUUGGGCCGUUUGUACUAUAAAAAUAAACUACUAACGUCACUACUACUGUAGUUUGCCAUUCGACAGCAUAAAGUGCAUUUCAAUGCUGGCAUGAUUUAUUAACGUUGAGUGCUGUGGGCUCACUGCAAACUGACUGAACAGUCUUUACUUCAGCCGGACAGUUUCAGUUGUUUUCACCUGUUGAGUGUAUAUGACGGGCCAAAUUAAAUUAGAAACGAAGCGUCGAUCUCUUUGUAAAAUAAAAUCUCACAUUCGUUCAUUUGCUGGCUAUAUUUCAUUCAUUUAUUCUUUGCUAUGGCUCUUUUGCUGGACCAGCAGUUUGCGCCGCUGUCUGACACCAAAGAAAUCGCCACAAAGACAUUUCUAGAGUCAGUUUCUCACCUGCCGCCUUUUUUCGAUUGCCUUGGUUCCAAGGUCUUUGCUCCAAUUAAGUCGGACAUUAAUGGAAACAUCACUAAAAUAAAGGCCGUCUAUGACUCUGAUCCGGUGAAGUAUGAGACUCUUCAGCAGAUACUGAUCAUUGAGAAAAGCAGCUAUGGCUCAGAGUGGCCUAAAGUUGGAGCCACACUGGCGCUUAUGUGGUUAAAGAGAGGCCUGCGCUUCAUUCAGAUUUUACUGCAGAGUCUUGCCGAUGGAGAGAGAGAUGAGGACAAUCCCAAUCUCAUUCGCGUCAACAUCACCAAAGCUUAUGAUCAAGCACUGAAGAGAUACCACGGCUGGAUAGUCCAGAAAGUUUUCAAGGCUGCAUUAUUUGCUGCACCGUGCCGGUCAGAUUUUCUUAAAGCUUUGUCCAAGGAUCAAGAAGUUGCGGAGGAGGAUUGCUUGGCGAAAGUUCGCCUGUUCUUGAUAAACUUCACCGCAACUGUAGAUGCUAUUUAUGAAAUGUAUUCCACAAUGAAUGCUGAACUGGACUACUUGGUUUGAAACUCUAACAGAUGUCAGUUUAGAUGUAGAGUUAUGUUUGUUUGUACAGUAGCUAUGUUUCCAGCUGCCUAUUUUUAAUGCUCAUUUUUGAAUGUCGUUUUGACAAAUAAUGCUUAAUUGAAAUGCCAAAAUGUGCAUUAAAAAUAAACUUUUUUUAUCCGAUGAGAAAAAAAUGCAAAUGCAAACACAUUUAAUGAAUAAAUUUCAGCAUGUACAUUAAAAGUAUGUGAUUUUGUUUAAACUACUGUAACUGAUGAUAAAAAUGGGCUUAAUAGGAGUGUAUUAAUAGACCAACCAGCAAAGUGAGAACAAUGUAAAACAUCUGAUUGUUUUAUUCAUUCUAAAAUCCCUCCUUUGUUUAAAGUGGUUCAGUAUUAUUAUCUCUCAGAACUUAAGUCUUGAGCGUCUCACACCUCCAAAAGCCAUUGCCCAUUUAGUGCAUUUCUUCUUCUGAGGCAAAUGUAAUUUAUUAUUUUACAAAAAUGCUCACAGCGUCUUCUCCUACCGCAACAAACUCUCUUUUCGUUUUUGAUCUUUGGCGUCAGGUUAUCAGAAAGUGAUGAUUUUGUUCUCUUUGACUCAUUGGAUGGAAACUGUGCUUCAUCCGCAAAUGUUUUAUGCAAUAUUUCAGUGUUGCACAUAAGUCUAAUUCGCAUCUUUGGAUGGAAACAAAGCUAGUGAGAUGUGUA